AUGGCAAGAACAAAACAAACUGCUCACAAGUCUACUGGUGGUAAAGCUCCAAGAAAAUCAUACUCUUCUAAAGAACUUCCAAGUUCAAAAAAAGUUCAUCGUUAUAGACCUGGUACUGUAGCACUAAGGGAAAUUCGUAAAUACCAAAAAGGUUCAGAGCUUUUAAUUAAAAAACUACCAUUUCAAAGAUUAGUAAGAGAGAUAACUGAUGAUAUCAACAGAACAACAGCAAAUAUCAGAUAUAAGUCUACGGCUCUACAAGCCCUCCAAGAAGCAUCAGAAGCUUAUCUAGUAGAAUUAUUUGAGGAUACUAAUCUAUGUUGCGCUCAUGCCAAACGUUUAACAAUAAAUAUAAAAGAUAUGAAAUUAGCUCUUAGAAUUAGAGGUGACAAACCUUUAAAUACAUAUUAAUUUAUGACAAGAAAUAAUUAUUAAAAAAAAAAAAGUUUUUUUUAAAAAUAAAUAAUUUUAAUAUUUCUAAUUUGU